UUUUGGAGCUGACCAGUAUGCUGAGUGGAAGAGGACAGCUAAGAGGAGCAGUGGCCCAGUAACCAGUGCGGCCCUCACUUCGACCCCCGGUGAAGUCUGGGACGGUAAAGUCCGGGUAGCCACCUGGACAGACAGAAUCACUGAGUUGCUACCUGUAAUACCUAACUCUUCUAUGAGGUGAAAGGUAUGGAGAGAGGAGGGAGGCAAGCUGGAAAGGAGGAGAAGAAAACCCAAAGUGUCAGAGGAAAAUUAAACCAGGGCAAAGUGGAGCAGAAAACGCUUGGCUCGAAAGGCCUGUCAAGGCCAAGAUUUUCACGAUCAAGAAACCAUCCAGAGGAUGACGUGGACCUAGAAGGGCUGGUGAAUAACAUGAACUCAUCCCUGGAGAGCCUUAAUUCGGCCUGCAACAUGCAGUCAGACACGGUGCCCCUUCUUCAGAAUGGCCAGCACACCGCCAGCAGCCAGCCAGCAGCCUCCAGUGCCCGGCCCCAGCCGCCACAGGCAUCCCCAAGGCAGAAAGUGCAGCGCUCUCAGCCUGUGCACAUCCUUGCUGUCAGGCGCCUUCAGGAAGAAGAUCAGCAGUUCCGGACCUCAUCUCUGCCGGCCAUCCCCAAUCCGUUCCCUGAGCUCUGUGGCCCCGGGAGCCCCCCUGUGGUUGCUCCUAGCUCCUUACCUCCGAACCAGCCGAUUGUGAAGCAGGAUGUUAAAGUCUUUAGUGAAGACGGAACGAGCAAAGUGGUGGAGAUUCUAUCAGACAUGACAGCCAGGGACCUGUGCCAGUUGCUGGUUUACAAAAGUCACUGUGUGGAUGACAACAGCUGGACACUCGUGGAGCAUCACCCUCAGCUGGGAUUAGAAAGGUGCUUGGAAGACCAUGAGAUUGUGGUCCAGGUGGAGGGCACCAUGGGAAGUGAAAGUAAAUUUUUAUUCAGGAAGAAUUAUGCGAAAUAUGAGUUUUUCAAGAAUCCUAUGAACUUCUUCCCAGAGCAGAUGGUUACUUGGUGCCACCAGUCCAACGGCAGUCAGAGCCAGCUUCUGCAGAAUUUUCUGAACUCCAGCAGCUGUCCUGAGAUUCAAGGGUUUCUGCAUGUGAAGGAGCUAGGGAGAAAGUCUUGGAAGAAGCUGUAUGUGUGUCUGCGCAGAUCUGGCCUGUACUACUCCACAAAGGGAACUUCAAAGGAACCCAGACACCUGCAGCUACUGGCUGACUUGGAGGAAAGUAACAUCUUCUCCCUGAUCGCCGGGAAGAAGCAGUACAAUGCACCCACCGACCAUGGGCUGUGCAUCAAGCCAAACAAAGUGAGAAAUGAGGCUAAGGAGCUGCGCCUGCUCUGCGCUGAGGACGAACAAAGCCGAGCAUGCUGGAUGACUGCGUUCAGACUCCUCAAGUAUGGAAUGCUUCUGUACCAGAACUAUCGCAUCCCUCAGCAGAGGAAGGCCUUGCUGUCUCCCUUCUCUACCCCUGUGCGCAGUGUCUCUGAGAACUCUCUGGUUGCAAUGGAUUUUUCUGGACAAACCGGAAGAGUGAUCGACAAUCCGGCUGAAGCCCAGAGUGCUGCCCUAGAAGAGGGCCAUGCUUGGCGGAAGCGAAGCACAAGGAUGAAUAUCCUGAGUAGCCAAAGUCCCCUUCACCCUUCCACCCUGAAUUCAGUGAUUCACAGGACCCAGCACUGGUUCCAUGGCCGUAUCUCCAGAGAGGAAUCUCACAGGAUCAUCAAACAGCAAGGUCUCGUGGACGGGCUUUUCCUUCUCCGUGACAGCCAGAGUAAUCCAAAGGCAUUUGUGCUCACACUGUGUCACCACCAGAAGAUAAAAAAUUUCCAGAUCUUACCUUGCGAGGAUGAUGGGCAGACAUUCUUCACCCUGGAUGAUGGAAACACCAAGUUCUCUGAUCUGAUCCAGCUGGUCGAUUUCUACCAGCUCAACAAAGGAGUGCUGCCCUGCAAGCUGAAGCACCACUGCAUCCGAGUGGCCUUAUGACCUCACCGUCUUCUUAGCAGAGGCUGGAAGGAACAACACUGGAAUGGAGAAGAGAGGCCUGCAUAAGGGUGAGAGCACACACCUUUUCCCACCCAGGGACUCAGAGUAACAUGGCUUUAUCAGUGCCAACCAACCAAGAUCAAAUGUUGUUGGACUUCACAAAAAUUUGCUGCUGCGGAUCAAACAGGAUCACCUCCCUCUGCACCAGCCAAAUGGGGAGGGAAGAGAUCCAGUUCAAAUGCGGGAAGGAACUGGAAUGACCAUCUAGACAAGGCCAUGCAGGAUGAAAACCGCAGAGAAGUGAUUGGAAAUGAACUCUCGCCCUGGAAUAAUCUUGACAAUUAAAACUGCGAUGUUUACUUUUUUGUAUUGAUCACUUUUUUGCACUCCUUCUUCGUUGUCAAUGUUGUAUUCAGCCUAUGGUAGGAGGGGAUGUGGCUUUUCAACUUAGAUGAGAUGGAAAGAGUUUUGAAUUGGCAGACUUCAGACUGUAAGUGGGUCCCCAAAGUUUUCCAGAGAGCGUCCUGCCCUCUGUAGGUCACCACAGUGUGGAUUUGGCUCCCACAUUAUAGACACCGUAGCCCUUCCCAUUAUACUUGAAAAGCUUUUAAAAAAAAAAUCAGAGGUGUCAACUGUGGUCGACAUCCAGCAUGUUGUGUGGACUCAGUCAAGCUACCACAGUCUGGUAAUCAUUGUUUGUAGUGUAGAUGUCUGGUUGUUUUGUUACUAGAGUGUCUCAUUUUACACAGUGCAAGAGACCUCAUUACUUUGGAAAAUUCACUGUUCCCCAGCACAGCAUGGCUGAAUGACCUCAGCUUUAGACUGAUGUCAGGCAGCCUUCUUGGAACGCAUUGGUACCCAACAUGGAUGCCACAUAGUCCAUCUGGGGUGCCCUGUGCCUCUCAUUUUGACAGCCGCCCACUGUUCUAGAAUAAUUGCUGCCUUUUCCCUCUGCAGUAGCCUCAGUCAUUUCAGUUCUCUUGGGGGGGAGGGGGUGGGGAGUAAAGGAUCUAAGGAUCUAAAGUGAAAAUGUCAACUGGUUGGCCUCGUGCUCUGUCACCAUGGACUUCUUUGGUGAUAAAGAUAAGGAAACACUGCAGAGGGCACAACGGGCUAGCUUUAAGGGCCUUUGUUUGAUGAGCUCCAUGUUUUACUGAAAACCCCAUAAGCCAGCUGGGGCAGGGUAUGCAGAGGUUCUGCCUCUGCUGGCUUUGGGUGAGAAGUACCUCACAGUGGUUGUGAACAUCAGGCAGUUUUUAGCAGCAUGACGUUUGCUUCCUCCUCUGAGAAAGGAGUCAGAAGGUGGCUUUAGUUGUUACUGGGUCCCCAGAGCCCCAUUGGAGGACCCUUUCCUUGUCCCCUUAGCGAGUUAUCAGGCAUGAAGGGGGUCAUUUCUUUACCCUGACCCCUUUGGUGGACAGGACUCCCUUGAGAAACAUACAGUCAACUGUGGUGAACAGAGGCUUCCCUUUCUUCACUACACUUGACCUUUGAACCUGAGCUAGCCCCUAGAUUGCCAAUCCCGCCCAGAGGAAGUGCUUCCUAAGGAGCCACUUCUGAUUGCCCUGCGGUUGAUGGCAUCGUGGAAGACACGCGUGGAAGACACAUCGUGGAAGACAUUUUGUGAGGUCAGCUGCAAGCCAGUCCACAGUAUCAAAACACUGUAGUAGUUCACAGACCACACUCCCCGUGUUUCCACAACAUGUCGAUUACACAAAUGAAGAAUUUUUUUUUUAGUAACAUGUUCUUAAGCAUAAAUGCUAAAUUGCAUUUCUCUCCCUUUCGCAGCUAGUUAAUCUUUCAAAGAAUUGACAAUGAGAUGAUUCUCAAAUUUGUGCCUGGCAACAGGCUGCUUAUCUUUAUCUUAGGGACAGAUAAUGAAUGCUUCAGUCUUAUCAUGUUACUUUUUUCACUUUACUGGUUUAAGGUUAGAACGUUAAAAAAAAAAAUUUAAAAAUUUUUAAAAAUACAAAAAGAAAUGCUAGAUUUUGGUUUUUUUCUUCUUUUUCUCUAUUUCUGUAGACCAGUCCCCACAGUGCAUAAUCUUGUAAUGCUAGAUUUUUUUUUCUUUUUUCUUUUUAAUCUCGUAUUACUGUAGACCAGUCCCCACAGUGCAUAGUCUUUCUUGCCUCUCCAGUAGACAGCUAGGAUGUGUAUUUCAUAUUUAUAAGUAUGCGUUUUAUUUAAGAGGAAAAUAUAGGCUUGACUCUGGUUCACAAUUUUAUAUGUAGCUGGUUUGAUGUAGUGUUUUGUACUUCUCUAGCCGAAGUGAAUUGUUGGAGGCUGCAAACCGCCUUGCGUGUAGCAGACUUCAGUGGCCCCGAGCUCGCCAGCCUUUGCACAGGCAGCUGGGAAUUCCACCUGAAACAGCCAAGUCCCUAGGGUAGUGGGCACCCUGCCCCCUAGCCAGAGACUGAAGGACAUUUGACUUUUAUUUUUGUAUUUAAUUGACAUGAAUGUAAAGGGGACAGCUCAGGGUUGUUUGGGAGCCUGUUGACUUUGUAAUCUCUGCCUGUGAUUUUCUUUUCUAAUUGAAAAAUCCAUGUAGCCACCUGGACUAAGUCAAGAAGGAAAAUGCCAAAUGCUUUGGAUAUUAGCGUUUAAUAGGUAGGCUAUGUUAUAUUAGGUGUUAGAGUUUCAGAACGUGUUUUUGUUUGCUAAACCUUGAAGAAACAUGUGCCUCAGCUUAGAUGUUUUGUCUUCUCCUUCCUGCACUUAAAUACCUGACAGUCUGUCCGAUCACUGCGCCUCUGAGGGCGCAACUAGCUCAUCGUAGAUUUGUGAUGUCAUAGUGCAAACUACAGUGACCGGAAAAAUGACCUGACUUGUAAACAUUUUCAGGGAAUGCAGAGGGUGUUAAUUAACAGACAAAACCUUUAUCCCGCGUGCUUUUUGCUUCAUUCUGUGCAUAGCUCUUCGGCUCGUGAACCUAAUUGUAAACUUUCAGGUAUUUUUGUACAAAUAAGGGACUGAUGUUCUGUUUCUUGUAAUUAGAAAUAAACAUUAAUACAGUGUUCUUCA